AUGGCAUUGCCAUGCAAUCCUUCUAGUUCCCAAAUGCUCUGCUCGAUAGAUGACCAACAAGCAAACAGGACUGUCGCAGUGACGCCGUCCAAGCGCGAGACUACCUUGUUGGAUGACGCAUCUAAGAUAUCCCGCGACUAUGCCACAACAGCCAUCCAGACCCUUGCAAAUCUUCGUCACAACGAAGACCAGCCGCUCCGCUUCGUCUACGUCAACAGUCAUUUUGCAGCCCGCAGCCCAGCUAAGUCUAACGGUGCCGUGGAAUCCUGCGCCGCUAAGCCCGGAAUCGUCAACGCCCCUAGUAGAGAGAAAAGGGUUGUCUCCGAGGUCCCGAACAUCGAGCUACGCGACCUCGCGUCGGCACUUCUAGGCCAGGCUGUAAACUAA